AUGUCCGUGUGGACAUACAUUUGCUGCGCUUGUCCCGUUAUUCUCCUCCAGCUCCUUUUCGUGCCAGUAGCUUCUGCGCCUCUGCCCGCCAUAACCGAGUGCCAGCAGGAUCUCACAACUGUAUGGCACCUCAUCCUCUUCUUCGCGACAAACUAUGCUGCACAUGCAGCGACCAAUCCCAGCUACUUCGAUUCCCAAGUAUACGUCCACAUCUGGCGUUUAAAGGCAUGGUUAUCGUGGCCGGUCAUCUGUGCGUUGUUCUUGCCUUACGGCGGGGCGUAUCGAUCGUCGUUGCUCAUGAUGGCCAUGGUCCGAAUGUCUUACAUCGGUUUGGACGAGGUGUCUGUUGCAUUGGUAUCUGGUGCCAUGCUUGUGGUAGCGCGUACUACGCUCUGGACUCCACCAAUAUGGCCCGAGGAGGUGCCCGUGCAGCUACCUGAAGAGUUCUUCAACAUUACGGAGUCUGAGGCUGAGCAAAUCUCUGCCAAAUUUGUGCUCGAUGACAGCAUCGCGGGUGUCCCGACUGCUCAGGUCGAGCCAGACAAAUGCGACGUAUUCGGAGGCGCGCAGCUGCCCGAUGGAUACGAGCUCCGCUGCCUCUCGCCUGACCUCAAGUGGAUCUCCGCUGCGUCUAAUGCCAAGGUUCUCCCUCCACCCAUCGCCUUCGCGAAGGCGCUUCUGCGGUCCAACGUCGAGGACACCGCGCAUAUAAAACUUUGCCGUCCUCGCAGGUGGAUGAAAGCGCUGCUAUCGGUCGUGCAGCUCGUGUCAGCGAGUAUCACGCUCUACAACACCCGAGGAGAUCAACUCAGCCGUUUCGGCUAUGCCGCCUACGGGCUUUCGGUGAUCCCCUACGCCCUGAUGUCCUUCAUCAACCUCCUCUGCAAUAUCAGCAUGGGCGAGUGGCCUUGCCGCUAUGUCCUCCGCACGGCAAUAUUAGAGGAAGCCAUGCGCCGCACUGGUUCCAGAGUCGAUGGUGCAGUGGGGACGGUGCGAGAGGUAGCGCCAGAGAGUACAGGAGCGGACAUGAGCGCGCCGGAGCGGCCGCAUCUCAAGGAUGGGUACACGCUCGCAUCCUUGUCCGUGGAGCUACCCGAGACCGAGAAACCAUCUGUGGACGAUCGACCCAAGCUUGUGGUUUCUGUGGGCGACUUCAGGAGAAAGUUCAGGUUCGACCCAGAUGCAGCUGGUGGCGACGCGGGCAUUCGCCUAUUCAACUUUAAAAUCGCGGAUCUGAACGAUCGCAUUUUCCCCUCCGCAUUGUCGCCCGAGAAAGGGCGGGGUUGGGGGAUCAUCGGGAACAUUCCUAGUGAACGAACGUGGAUAUGGUGGGGUUAUGUCUUCGCCGACGUCCUCUGCAUCCUACUACCCACAGCCGCCAUUUUCUUGCCGUAUGUCAUCAUCAAUUUCCUGACUGGCUACAAGGCACAGAGCAGCACCGUCGCCGAGCGGGCAUGGAUGACCUCGUGGCUCGUUUACUGCGCCAUCUUCACACACAACGCGCUUGUCAUACCUGUCCUCUCCGCCCCCAUCCUUACAUCGUCUCGUUGCCAGAAAGACUUGACUAUCAUAUGGGACCUGAUCCUCUUCUUCAUCACCAACUACGUCGCCCAUGCUGCAACCACUCCUGGACUCAUCGGAACACUGGAUCCCGCAGUCUAUAUAGGAUACAAGACUUGGAUCUCCAUUCCUUCUAUCUUCGCGCUCUUUCUUCCGUAUGGCGGUCUGGUGCGGUCAAUAUGCAUUAUGGUCGGUAUAAGCAGUCUAUCGCCCUUUGGUUUAGACGAGGUCACUAUGGCGUUGUUAUCUGGCACGAUCGUCUUGGUGGCACGGGAUCCGCGUCGGUGGCAGCCAUCUCAGACGGAAGAGCUUAUAUGGGUUAAACUACCUGCGAUGUUUCACGACAUAACCGACGAAGAAGCCUCUCGAUCUCUCGCACAGUUCAAAGUCGAAGGGCCCAACUUCCCAGUCGUAAAGAUCGAUUCGAAUAAAUACAACAUGUUCGGGGAGACGGUGCUGCCUCCUGGAUACCUCUUUUGCAGUGUUCGUACGGACGUUUCUAUGUUCAUUCAACCCCUAUGCGAAGCAUAUAUUAAAGAGUAUAUGCUGCUUGUCCGUGGCCCUCAGGCCAGCACCAUUCGGCCAGAUAUGAUGCGCUUGGGUUUCAACAACAAGGAGGUGUCUGCAGAUCACGUCGGGGCAAUACGGAACCUGCUGCGCUCUAAUCUCAUCUCGGCCAUCGUCACCCUCUACGCUUCCUGGGGAGACCAAAUAAGCAGGUUCGGGUAUGCCGUGUAUGGCCUCUCCGUGAUACCGUACGCCCUGAUGUCCCUGGUCAACCUACUCUGCAAUUUGAGCAUAGGCGAUAUGUCCUGCCGAUACGUGCUGCAUACUGGAGUCUGCGCAGAGGCGGCGGGUAGAAAUGGCGCAAGAUUACACGGCAUGGUUGCGUCUACGGUCCCAAGGGCGCUGGCGGAAACCAAUUCCAUCGGCACGGACUCGGAUCCUGUGGAUACUGCGGACCCGGCAGAUGAGUUUGUGUUCGCGUUCUUAUCCAUCGAAGAAUCGGAGGGGCCAGACGUCGAUCACAAGGUGCUCGCUGUCAGAUCCGGAGGGACCAUCAAGAGAUUCAAGUUACAUUCGGAUGAUACUCCCGUUGAAGGCGCACACACCUUCCAUGUCUCAUCCAUCAACAAUUAUCCUCUCCGUACACCACGCGCUCCCGUUGCAGGCGCUGCAGAGACAUCGCCUCCUAAAUGGGCCAUGACCAUGCUCGGAUCGAUAAUGACGCUGCUCUACCUCCCGUAUAUCGUGCUCUCAUUGCUCACAGGGUUCCAAGCCAACAAUAGUACGCUCUUUGAGAGAGAGAGCAUGAUCUUCUGGCUCGUUUUUGAUUGCGAGCGCUUGGGACAGGCUCACUAUUUUGGCGCGCUAUUGGUUUCCGUUUCGCACCUGCAAUAG